AUGGUAAAGACAGACGACAUAACCACCGUGGCGGACGGCUGGAAAGGAGUGUUUGACAGAAGCCGGCUGGUUCCUCCACCUAGCCAGACAGUCCGCCUGGCUGUGGAUAGCCACUUCACCCAAUCCCACGGCUUCCAGCUCAGCCUCAGCCGGGUCACUGCAGCUCACCUCCCGCAGGAGAUCCCAGAGGUGGAACAAGACCUGACCUACCAGCUGCGAGCGACCCUGUUUGAUAGAAAUCACCAGCACUUCUUUGGGAAAACAUGGAGAAGCCAACCCCAGGGGAUGAAAAACAACAAGAUAUCCUUCAAUGAGGUCCUGUACUUCCAUACGUCUCUGCGGUUGCCCAGCACGGUGGUGGUCCUGGAGCUGGUGGCGUUGUCACCCAGGCCAGACGGCUCCCAGCAGGCCGUGGGCCGAGGCUUCGCAGUCCUGGAGCUUUUUAUCAACAGGCCAGAUGCUCAGGCUGCUGAUGGGGACAGAAGGCUGGAUCUACACCAUGGAUCACCGAGAAGCCUCCUCCACCCCCUGCUGAGAGACACAGCUGACUACAGCAGUCUCCUCAAGACUAUUGAUGGUUCCCAUUUGGACUGUGUGGUCAAAAGACAUCCUGCGCUGGUUUCCAUGAUGCACCUCCUCCCAGAGAACGUCCUCGUCUCUGGAGAUGAGAACAUCCCCGGGCUUGCAGCUUCUCCGACAGGAGAUGCUCUGCUGAGGCCUCAGCUGCUCAAGAUGCUGCCCUUCACCCUGAACAGACUGACCGUCUCCCUCCAGCCGUCCCUGGAGAAGUUCGAGAGUCAGCUGCUGGCGCUGAUCAAUGCUGACUGCCAUAACACAAAACAGCCGGGACCAGAGGGCACGCUGAGGACAGUUGUCAUCCAGGAAAGGAGGCUCCACGUCGGUGUCCACAAUGGCUGGUGUUUCCUCGACAAGCCCCAAGUGGUGGUGCUGGAGCUGGUAGCCUCGGGGGCCAGAGGGCGGGCAGACAGCACCUCCAGACAGAGCACCCUGGUCAAAGACAGCUCUGCAGCGUCGCCCCUCCCUCAGGUGUUGGGCCUUCGCAGCAGCCUGCAGCUCAAGAUGACCAAUCAUCAGGCUUUGGCAGUUGUCUUCCAGCUGGAGUACGUCUUCUCUGCUCCGGUUGGGCGAGAGACUAUGCUGUCAGUCACCUCCUCGUCCAGAGCAGCCUUCUUGCAGUGCCUCCGUUGGGGGAUUUGGUGCCCGUUCCGGGAGCCGGCUGACUGGAAGGGGGAAGAGCUGCAGCUCGUUCUGCAAGGAGGUGCAAAGCCAAACCCUCAUGGAGUCAUGGUCUACGGCACAGAGACGUCUGCCAAGACUCAGAGCUCAGCGCCGCUCUCAGCUCCAGGCACAGCUCAACCUGUCUCCAAGGUGAAAGAUACGAUAACGUUUCGGCUGUCAUCCGGUCUGGAGGGGAAGGCGUCCAGCCCAAAGGCAUCUCUCAGGACGAAGCAGGAAAACGCGUCACGGCAGAGGAGAUCGCCUUCAUCGCCCUCACAGGGUCAGAGACAGAUUCCUGCAGCUUCUCCUCCAGAUUCUCCUCAAGGCCCCGGGCUCUCACUGUCUCAGCUGGCAGCUACUUCACGCUACCCGACCAUCAGCCACUCCAGCUCGGCGUUGCCGUGGCAACAGUCGUUUCCUUCUCUGCUCCAUCCUUCCCCGUUGGCAUCGGCCCACCAGCUGUCACAUGUCGCCUGCUCAGCCGUCAGCAACAUCGCCCACCUGGAGAUGGGCCUUCAGCGGGAAGAGGACGUGUCAUCUUCAGCUCAGAACGAAGGAGACCAACUUCAGGAGCUGCCCUUCACACCUGUCCACGCCCCUGUCAUCACCCUGGGGAUGAAUGUGCCGAGAUCCUGCUCAGUCAGCUCCAGGAGCUCGCUCGCCCACCUCUACUCGGCCGGCUUCCCAGAGAUUAUGGACUGCAGCGGGCAGGUGGCAGAAGUCCUGGAUCCCACAGAGCCCGUGCCCUUUGACCCCCAGCGUGAAGAGACAGACCUCCUACAGGGAAACCUGCUGGUGUUCCAGUUUCUGGCGUUUACCAGAACACCAGCGGCGGGUGUCGGCCCUGACUGGCCUGACAACAUCCACUUCACCUUCCACUUUUACCGCUUCCCACCGGUCACAUCGCAGCAGCUCAAACUACUGACCAGUGACAAGGUUCAACACAAAACUAGCGAUCCACUUCCCUGUGUCCUGGCCUCCAUCAACAAAGAUGGCACUGUCAGCUCAGGCUCUCCAGGUCUGCAGGUCCAGUUCAGAGUAGACGACAGUUUCCUGAGGCCGGGAGAGAAGCGCUGGUUCCUUCGCUACCUGGCGCUUCACACCAUGCACAUCGACAUCUGGGACAGCACCUCGCUGCUCCUCAUCGGCUCUACCGCCAUCGAGCUCAAGUACAUGUUGCGUCAGGGUAAAUCAGCAGUGCAGGCUCUUCAUGAGGUGGAGGUGCUGACCACCGACUACGUGGGGGAGGACACCCUGCUGACGAGCACAGGUCUGGGUCGACACACGGCCUCCGGCCCCAUGACGGUCCGCACCAUUGUGAAGGGCCGGCUGCACGUACGCACAGGCAACAUGGGGUGCCCGGUAGAUCCGAGCAGGAGGAGGGCAGCAGCCGUGACGAUGUCGUCUCAUCCUCACAUCAUCACACCUCGAGAAGUCACCAGCAGCUUCAGAGGAGGAAGUCUGUCCUCCAGAAACAUCCUCCAACUCAACGCGAGGAACACAGCACAGGCGCGCCGGCUGGAGAUGGAUGGGGAUCGCGUGCCAUUGUUCAGACGCGGGAUCAGACCUGACAACUUCGCGCCCGGAGUGCACAGCUCUCUAAACGAGCCCGACGGUGGGCGCCGCAAGUUCAACUGCAUGGCCGCCGUGCAUCAGCGGGAGGGCAGAGAAGGUGUUAAAGCAGCUAAGGUCACGGAUGAGACGAAGGAAGCCCAGCUGGCCGGAGAACUUCUUCAGAUCAAACCCAGUGAAGAGCGCAGCAAGGCGGAGAGCAUUGCCAACAUGCUGAGCCAGGCCAUCACCACGCAGCACCUCCUCUACGCCAGCCUGGGCUCCGCCGAGUACAUGGAGUUUGUCCUCAAAAACCCCUUUAAUGUCCCUCAGACCGUCACCAUCCACUGUGAUGACCCUGAGCUCAGUGUCAUCACCAGCACAGAGGAGUGGCAUUACUUCAAAGCGCUAACCAGAAGUCCGACUCCACUGGAGGAGAAUAUGUUCCACCUGGAGGAGGGUGCUCCGGGUCCCAGGGUUUACCUCCGGCCCAAAGAGAGCGUCCACAUUCCCUUGAAGUACCAGAGCUUCCUGUGCGACCACACCAUGGCCCUUCAGGGGCCGAGCUUCUUACCUGCAGGCAAAGGUUCUCAGGUGGCCAAGAAGAAUCUGUCCAACAUUGUUGCUGCCAAAACUAUCAAGGUGACUUUCAAAGCAGAGGACGACAAGCCGAUGGCCAUCUGCCAGGUGAACGUGGAGCCGACACCCCACGUUGUCGACCAGACUUUCCGACUUUACCACCCCGAGCUCUGCUUCCUGAAGAAGGCCAUCCGCCUGCCGCCCUGGCAGGACCCCACAGCCGGAGACCCAGACGCCGGAGCCUACAUUUCUGUACGCUGCAGUGACCCGAACAUCAUCUGCCAGACAAGGAUGCUGGUGCCAGGGGAGCCUCAGGAUGUGUACUUGAAAGUGCCAGGGAGUCCCAGUCCACACAUAAAAAUGUUCUUUGUGAUGGUUUUCACUGAUAAGUGGAUGGCAGCUCCCUCCCAGAUCUGGCAGAUUUACGUGCAUUUCCUGGAGCGGGUGGAUGUCAGCUGUGUGACCGGACAGCGGACCUGUCAAUCACUGGUGCUGAGGGGAAAGCAGGCUGUUCGCAAGGUCAAAUGUUUCUCAUCACACCCCACGGAGAUCGAGGUGGAUCCGGACGGCGUGUUCAUUUUGCCUCCCGCAGCCGUGCAGGAGCUGCAGCUGAAGGUGCAGCCGUGGCACGCCGGCAGCCGCUUCCUGUACGUGAACGCGGUGGACGUGGAGAACCAGCGGCUGGUCACCGCCUGGCUACUGUGUCUCAACGUCCACCAGCCCGUGCUGUCCAAGGCAUUUGAAGUGUGUGUCCCAGUCGGCGGUGGGCGUGGCAGCUCAAGAAAAAUCACCUACACCAACCCCUACACCAGCAGCCGCACGUUCCUGCUGCGCUCGGACCAUCCGGACCUGCUGCAGUUCAAAGACGAUAAAUUCCAGAUCAGCGGGGGAGAGAGUUACACCAUCGGACUGAGAUUCGCCCCCAGCCAGAGUCCCGGCUCAGUGGAGAUCCUGGUCUACGUGAACAACCUGGAGGAGAAGACGGAGGAGACGUUCUGUGUGAAAGUCAACUACUCGUGACCCGACGUUUGUUUGUUUGCUUCAAACACAGAGUAAAACUACUUCCUCGGAAAUGUUGACUGUGUGUUUGGAAUAAACACCUGAGCACAAAUG